AUGCGGGGAUCUGACGGCAAAUCUUUUUACUGGACUAACAGCCUCAUUGAGUUGAUGCCUCAUCAAACUGAGGCUCAAGUCCAGGUAGAUGGUGGUGGUGUUGUUUUCUACGGCAUGACAACAGCGGAGGGACCCAAUUAUGGUUCUACCUUUACCGAUGGAACUGUUAACUUAGAAGUUUAUGCUGAAAUUCUGGAGUCAUCUUUGCUAGACACUAUGGAGUAUUAUGGGAUUGACAAGAAAAGUUUAGAUUCCAGCAAGAUAACGCAAGACAACAUACUUCUGGUCCCAUUAAGAAAUAGUUCAGACAUCACGGACUCUCUGUGCAAACUGUUCUUGAUUAGCCCGCCCAAAGCCCUGAUUUUAACCCCAUUGAACAUGUCUGGCAUGAGCUAA